ACUCACGCUCACGCUCACGACCGGUGCAAACGAUCCAACAACAACAACAACAACAACAACAGGACAGCAACCAUGGCAGACAAGGCAAACAUGCAGCAGUCUCAGCAGCAGGCACCGCCUCCAGCGUACACUCAGCAGCAGCAAGGAUACCCACCACAACAGGGUUACCCACCACAACAGGGUUACCCACCACAGCAGGGUUACCCGCCACAACAGGGUUACCCGCCACAACAGGGUUACCCACAACAGCAAGGAUAUCCCCAGCAAGGGUACUACCCGCCGCAACAUGGGCCGGCAACAACAACUGUGGUUGUUCGCCGCACUGAGAGCAAUGUUGUUGGCAAGGAGUUUAUCCCCAUCAUGCAUCCCGCUGUUGCCGUGUUUCUGUGCAUCGUGAACUUUUUGUUCCCUGGCCUGGGUACCAUCAUUGCGGGGUUCCUGGCGCUCUGCGGUGCCGCCAACCCCAACUCGGAGUCCCAGUCCGUCAUCGCGACCUUCUGCGUCAACUUCUUCGUCGGCUUGCUUCAGCUCGCAUUUGUUGUUGUGUUCCUGCUCGGGUGGGUGUGGUCCAUCAUGUGGGGCAUCCUCUUUGUCGGCCAAUCCGCUCAGUGGAACAACCCGGAGCACGUCGUCACCACCACCACCACAACCACGACUCAGCAGCAGCACCAGCAGUACCACCAACAACAGCAGUUCCACCAGCCCCCUCAGCAGGCGCAGAAGUGAUCAUGGGCAACGCGCAUGCUCAUGCUCGCUUUGGGUGAAGCGGUUGCAAAACCCAUGCCUCUGAUUACUCGCUUGAUGUGCCAUGUCCUGCCACUGUUUGUUUCCAUGG